AUUUCUUGACUUCCGGUAAAAAAAUCUGUAAUUUUUUUCUUCUCUUAACUCCAUGAGGUUUAUCACGUCCGGGGUCGUUUAUUACUGUUCCCUUUCAAUGCUGGAGAUUUAAAGUCCGGCGGAUAGAUGGCUGCCUCUGUGCUGUGUCGCCGAGUGCCGGGCCUACGCUACCUCCCUGUCUCGAGAAAGGACUUCACCCAGGCCCAGCUUGUGCCUGUCAAACCACAGGAUGAGACUGAUGAUCGCGAGGGGGAGAAAGACCUAUUUCAACACCAGGAAGCCUCUCCCCAAGGAGGAUACCGGCUGCAUUACAACCCCUCCUCAUAUCAUCCCUUCGCGAGGAACUCCGCAACCUCCCCGGGCCAAACGGAUGACGGCGAGGGCGAACAGCGCCUCUACGCUCGGGCCCCUUCCUUCUGGCAACGGAGCAAUCUCCAUCGCAGUGUGAGUUGUUCGCGGCACAUCUGCGGCUCGAAAAGCACGCUUCUCCACUUGGCGUUAAACAAAGGCUCCGAGCCUGAGAGGCCCCCCGUGGCCCCGUCCCACCGGAAAGCCACACCGCCGGAUGUCAAAGUAGAUCCCCGUGCCUUCCUCAAAUGUCGGCCUGUCUAUGCCUCCACGACCCUUGACCUCUCCCGGCGGCCUCAGCCGAUCGACUGGGAAGAGACCGUGUCCGUGCUCCAAAAAGUUUCCAAAGGCGGCAUGAAGCCGCCCGACGUCUCUCGGUUUCUCGCCGAGCUCGGCCGCUCGCACCCGGACAAGAUGGCGUUGGUGAGGAGCGACCAGCGCUUCGUUGUGCUCCUUCAGGACUCUGUGGAGCACCUUUGCCUCUUCACUCCGCUCCAGCUGCUGGACGUGCUGCAGUCCUUUGUGUGGCUGGACAUACCCUCUGCCCACGCUGUACUCGGGCAGUACGAGGCCGAGCUGAGCCGCCGGGCGGGCCAGAUGACUCUGCACCAGCUGCUGCUCGCCGCUGACCUGUGGCGCUGUAUUGGCCGGCAGGUUCCGGAGUUCUUGCAGCACCUCUAUGAAGCCGUCCGUCUGAAUCUUGGACAGAUGGGCGUCCCUGAGCUUGUGCAACUGUUGUAUAUAACGGGAGAGAGUAGGCAGUGCCCGAGAACGCUGAUUCCUGCCGUGGAGAGGCUUCUCCUGCGUCACGUACAGCAACUUUACCCCGAGGAAGUUGGUGCUGUAUGCUUGGGGCUGUUUAAAUCGCAGACCUCCAUAUCUGAGGGGGCAGUGACCCGGAUUGUGGAUAAGGCGCAGUCUUUUGUUGGGGAGAUGAGCGACUUUGCCAUGGUGAACGUGCUGAAAUUCCUGCGCUUCAGCUACCUGUACCACCCGGCGUGGCUGGACGCCGUGGCGCGGGAAUUCCCUGGGCGGGCCCACGUGAUGGGCGUCAAGGGGCUCAUGCAUGUGGCACUGGCCUGCUCAGCGAUCCAUUACCACAAUGACAACAUCCUGGUGGCCAUCGCCGAGCGAGUUCCCUCGCUGGUGCCGCACUGCAGGAGCAAAGACGCCUGCAAGCUGCUGUGGUCCUUCGGCACGUUGGGGUUCCUCCCGGCUCGCAGCCCAAGCUUCUACCCGAGCCUCACGGAGGCCCUGAGAAGGAAGAAAGCUGAAUUCCAACGGUACCCUGAACAUCUGCUCACUGGCCUUCUGGGCCUGGCCUUCGUUUCUCAGUUUCCACAGGACCUCAUUGCGUUCGCGUUGAGUCCUCACUUUGUCAGCUUGGCACUGAAAUCCACGCAGAUGGAGCUGAAAAAAGACCUUUUCACUUUAGACGGCGUGGUGGCCCUGGAGUUGCCUCAGUGGAGUGGUCCGCGGCUGAGCCGUGAGCUGAGAGAGGAGGUGAAGGAAAUGCUGUGGAAGUUUGCUCAAUCAGACUUGUGCCAGAAACCCGAGGUUCGGGAGGCGGAAUCUGCCUUGCAGGAUCUUCUGGGAGGAGAGCAGUUUGUAGUUAAGAGAAUGAUUCUCCCCCACACUCGCUCCAUCGACCUCGAGGUGCACUUCGACUCCACUGGACAGCCGAUACCCGUGAACCCAGCAUCCCACACAGCCACAUUAUCUCAAGAUAACAGUGCAUCCAAAAACCCUUCUCAUCAGGGCUGGGAAAGAAUGAACGUAGGAGUAACUAUAACUGAGCAACUUUUAGCACAGCUAACCAAUACAACAAAACCCAGGGAACCUUUCAGCCCUGCUGCUACGGCGAAGCCUCCACCUGUCGCCGGCUUGAGGUCGGUUGAAGGUGGGAGACUGUUCGACACGGGGUUGGACCUGACCGCUGACAUUAUAAAAUCUCUCGCCAAACCCUGUAGGCGAGGCUCGGCCCCUCAGGACUCCAAAGGCACAGUCAAACUGGCGAUCCAGGUUUCCAGCAGGAACCACUAUUGCUGCGGCUCACAACAAAUGUUGGGCCUCCCCGCCAUGAAGAGGAGGCAGUUGAAGUUGGCGGGCUACAGGGUUGUAGAGCUUGGCCAUCAAGAGUGGUUGCCGCUGCUGAGGAAAAGCAGGGCUGAGAAGCUGGCACAUCUGCACUGCAAAAUCUACAACAGCCUGUAAAGACUCUAAUGAAUCUUAUAUGACGAGUUGAAAGAAGCAUUGCUUAAGGAUUGUACAAAAGGUAAAAAAAAUAAACAGAUUUAACUUCUACUGUUCUAGCGAACAUUUGGAAUCCUCGCUACAUUCAAUUUGUUUCCUUUCCUGAAAAAAAAAUGCAUCUGUGGCUGAGUUGAAAAAAAACCUUGAUUUGGAGUAAUCAAACUUAGCUUCACCUCUGACGAUCCCAUCAUGAAUGAUGGCAUCUGUUUCAGGGAUUUUUAAAUAAUUAACCACUUUGCAUGUUAAAGAUGCAGCCUGAUCAUUUCAGCUAAUUUUAAUAUAACAGAUUUCUCUUUUUUUGACUGCUAAUGAACCAUGCAAUCUGUUCCAAUUUGAUAAACUCAGGUUAAAAUCCAUUGCAAUUUAAUACCAAAGGGGAGCGUAAAUAAUUCUUAGUGAAUGAUCACAAUUUUAGUGAAGCAUCAGCUGAUCGUUGAGCUCAGACAGACUUCUGCUGUCUCAGCUAAAAUCCUGCUCCUGUUAAGGUGAAUUUUGUGUAUUAAUUUAUCAUUUUAUUUUCAUGUAUAAGUUACUGAACUUGGAUCUGGGACAGCUCUUUAUAAAGAUAUAUUUAAUCAUGGCGUGGUUGUUUUAAAGCCAAUGGCAGUUUAAGAUUAGCAAUUUAUCAAAAAGGUUCAUUGUAAGGUUUAUUGUACAAAGUGUCUAGAAACUCUCCCCAAUGCAGAUACAUUGACUCCCUAGUAUGUAUCACUAUUAUAUUAUGCAAUACUACUAGCAUUGUCCUGUGCAAAUACCUCACUGAAAGGCUCAACGUGGAUUACAUGUUAAAGGCUCCCCACAAACAGAAUCUAUAACAGCGAUGAAGGCCUUCAAAAAUGUCCCUUUUUUUGUGUGAAAAAGACGGAAACAGCAUCCGUCUAGCAGAUCAUUAAAC